GGCAUGAGCCAGCUGGAGUUGGAAGAUGCAGUCCACGAUGAUUUGAAACGUGCCACUGGAGAAUUUGUCAAGGAUGAGAAUGAUGCUAAUAGACUAAAUCGGGUUCUGCAACUCACGGGAUUUAGUGAUCCUGUUUAUGCUGAAGCAUACGUGACAGUUCAUCAUUAUGAUAUUGUCCUGGAUGUGACAGUUAUUAAUAGAACUAAAGAGACCCUCCAGAAUUUAUGUUUGGAAUUGGCAACAAUGGGUGAUCUCAAACUUGUUGAGCGUCCACAGAAUUAUACUCUUGCUCCUGAGUCAAGCAAACAGAUAAAAGCAAACAUCAAGGUGUCUUCAACUGAGACGGGCGUAAUUUUUGGGAACAUUGUUUAUGAGAGUUCUAAUGUGCUUGAGCGGACAGUGGUUGUGCUAAACGAUAUCCAUAUUGACAUCAUGGAUUACAUCUCUCCUGCAGUGUGCAGUGAUGCUGCUUUUAGAACAAUGUGGGCAGAAUUUGAGUGGGAAAACAAGGUUGCUGUCAACACUGUCAUUCAGGAGGAAAAAGAAUUCCUUGACCAUAUAAUCAAAUCAACCAACAUGAAAUGCCUUACUGCACUGUCUGCUUUGGAAGGGCAAUGCGGGUUCCUUGCUGCUAACUUGUAUGCAAGGAGUGUGUUUGGUGAGGAUGCUUUGGUGAAUGUAAGCAUUGAGAAACAAGCAGAUGCUAAGCUGAGUGGUUAUAUUAGGAUAAGGAGCAAAACGCAAGGAAUUGCACUUAGCUUGGGGGACAAGAUAACACUCAAGGCAGUUGAUCAGGUCAACCGGAAUUUAGUAUGACCUGGAUAUGCCGGUAUCUUAUAUUCCCCAUCUUUAAAGAGAUUUUACAACGUUAUUUGGUUUUACCUUAUGUUUUCCCGUGAUGGUUAAAUUAGGUGGCCCUUUUUAUGUAGUUUUUG